AUGUUGAUGAACUUUUGGCAAAACAUUUUGGAACGGCGUGGAAGCAAAAAUGAAGAAUUCGAAUUGGAAUACUAUAAGACUGUUAUGAAUAAUCAACAAAGUUUAACACAAGCAGAAGAAAAUGCUGAUGAUAAAAGUGUGUGCUUUGCUAAUACCAAGUGUAGCUUUGAAGCUGAUGUUUUAUGA